AUGCCUCCUCUAUCGGUCUACACGCCUUUUGAAUCCCUCCUCUUCUUCCAGUCUCUCGCCGGCCUAGAAUCCCCUCCCGCGAACUUCGUCUCCAUCUCCGAUGUGCUCCGCAACAACCCCUUCAUUCGAGAGAAUGCCGCCUACGAUGCGGCAAGGCUUAGCCCCGAAGCCUUGGAGGAUCUCUAUGCGACGCUGAUGCGAGAUGGCUGGGAUUCAGCAAACGCGGGACCCAACGGUCACCAUGCUGAGAGCCCGGCCCCCAAUAACCCCAAGAAGCGCAAGAUAUCCAGCCCUCGAGCGGACGGAUUGGCGGACAAAGGUUACAACCACGCCAGCAAAGUGCCCAGGCUAGUGUCGCACCUAUAUGCCAGAUACAAGGAGCUGGUAACGCGGGAGAUCCAGAAUGAAGAGCAGAGGUAUAGGGAUAUUAGGAAAGAGAUCGAUCAGCUACAGGAGGAGGAACGCGAUGCGCUCUCGGAGACCUCCGCAAGACCUCCACCAGCGCAACCGAUUGCGCCCGCGAAGCAGGAGCCCGCGCCAGAACCGAUGGAUGUGGAUGUGAAGGAACAGAAGCCAAUUCAACGACCCCGCGAUGAAGCUAUGCCAGUUACGACCCCGUCGGUAGCUGCUGAUGUUAAGCAGCCUUCACUGGAACCGCAACGGAAGGAGCUGGAUUCAAGCAAGCAGCCCGCGCAACCUGUCGCGCACCCACCGCAGGAACCCCGGCCUCUGGCCGCGCCGUCGGUACAGCCCGUCGAACUGCCACCGACAAACAAGGCAAAGCUCCAGCAACAGCCUCAGCCUCAGCCACUGCCGCAACAACAACAACCUCAACAGCCAUUACAACCGGCACCUCGUCCUCAGCCCAGCCCUCAGGUAGCAACCGGUCGGCCGCCUCAGCAGCCACCAGCCCCGAAUGGAAAGGCAUUCCCGACACCAUCACAACCAGCUAUUGUGCCCAAGAAUGCCCCUGUAAACCACGCACCAGUGGCCGCGCCACCGGCUCCGUCGCCAAGACCGCCCAAUGCCUCAGUACCCAGCCCGGGUGUCGCACGCCCCCCCGCUGUUACACCUUCGCAAGCUCCACAGAAGGCAAGUGUGCCAGUCCCUUCCACUCCGCAACAGCCAGUUCUGGCCAGCAAGCCCUCUGCCAAGGAUGGACAGUCUGUUCCAGCUGCUAGCCCGGCGCCUCAGCGACCUCCGCCCCAGGCUAGUUUCCAGCAGUGGUCUCUAAACAAACCUCCACAAACGCCACAACCUCCCCCAGCAUUCGCAAAGCCGAAACCAGAGCCGACGAACGCCGCUGUUUCUGGGCGACCGGUUCAGUCUCCCUUCCCUCCACCCACUCCAGCCUUCGAAAACAAGAAGGGACCGCAAGGACCACGCCCAACACCUGCUCCGUCAACUCCAGGACCUGUGCCUGCGGCCGCCCUCACACCUGCCCAGAACAUUCCACCACCCGCGUUCCAGACCCCGGUUGGACCUGCGCAGGGUUCCAUCCUUUCGCGGCCACCUAGCACGCGGCCUCUCCGGCCUUCGAUUGACACGGGCGUUCUUACACCUGGCUCUCUCACACCAUGGAAGCGGACUCCACGGCUGAGCAUUCCCCACUCUCCUCGUUCGCCCGAACGGCCACGGCCUGAGGAGAUCAGUCCUAUCAGUGAAAAAGCGCCGUCUUUGCCUGGUUCUCGUGAGCCGACACCAGAGGAGCCUGAGCCUCGCCGUCGAAAGCGGAGGACCGAGACGAAAAGCAAUGGAACUGGCGCUGAUCAGACACUGUCGAUUGAUGCAGAGAGCAAGGGAGGGACUAAACGGAAGAGUGAGAGGGGAACGCUGUCUAGCGGUAAGGACCGUGACAGGAGCACAGCGUCGUCCCGAAGCCGAGGAAGGUCUGUGUUGUCGCGGGACGAAGAGUCCACAGCGGAUACGGGGACUGGCUCCCAGGCGAAGAUCAAGCAUGAAGUGCCCAGUACUCCAGCUGGUAUCUCAGAAACGGCAGAGCCCGAACGUCCUUCGGUCAGUCGGCCGAGCAGGGGGCGGCCGAAGCGCAAGCGUGCUCCGAGUGAGAGCCUAGAGGCCGAACCUACUCAGUCGGAGCUUAGCCAGCUCACUCGCGUUGAUCCUAAUCAAUCGACGUCGUAUGUAGUCUGCGCGCGCAACUUUCCCCGGACCGGAGCUCCCAUCAUGAGUGAGCUUAGCAUGCACAAGGUUGCAGGCACCUUUUCAAAGCCGCUGACAGAACGUGACGCACCGGGAUACCGCGAUCUUAUCUACCGGCCGCAAGAUAUCAAGACCAUCAAGUCGCUGAUUCACCAGGGUAGCAGGGCGCUGGCGGCGGCUACAGAGGCAGCGAGCACACCGGCAGGCGACGGGGAAUCACCGGCGCCGGGUACAGGGACCCCUUCGAAGAAUGCAGUCCUUAUGUUGCAAAAGACAGAGGACAUUAUUCCCCCGAAGGGUAUCGUGAAUUCGGCGCAGCUGGAAAAGGAGUUGAUCCGUAUGUUCGCCAACGCCGUGAUGUUUAACCCUAUCCCUCAACGAGGCUUUGGGCCUGCCUUCCCUAUGAUCAGCGAUAGCGGGUCAAGAGAGAGCACGCAGGUUCCCGAACAGGAGGAGGGCGGUAUCAUCAAGGAUACGCUUGAAAUGUUCGAAGAUGUCGAGCAAGCCGUUACGCGAUGGCGCGCGGCGGAGCGGACGGCGGACGAGUUCGCCAGCAAGAGCAUCCUCUCGCUGCGGCGAGGAAGUGCCAGUGACCUCAACACGGAUAGUGCAGAUGAGGUCAAAGGAUCAUGA